AUGGUUCCGAUUGUCCUCGGAGCUUACAAGGAAGACUACGAUGAUGCUCUUCCACCUCACUCCUACAUCAACGUGGAUGACUUCAAGUCCAUUCGCGAGUUGGUCAGGUAUCUGCUCUACUUGGACAGAAACGACACCGCAUAUGCCGAGUACUUUGCCUGGAAGGAACAUGGACAAAUCCACGUACGAUUUGCCGUUCCAUAG